CAAUCACUAAAGAGCCGGAGGUUGGCCCUGGAUUUCGUUUUAAGUUUCUUGUGUUCAGGGAACUGGGCACUUGUUGAAAUCUUUGUCGGGACAGCGUGAUAAAUAAGGAUGGAAGCUGUAAUUUUUGUUUUCUCUCUUAUUGAUUGCUGCGCUUUAAUAUUCCUUGCUGUGUAUUUUAUAAUCACACUUUCUGAUUUAGAGUGCGACUACAUUAACGCCAGAGCAUGCUGCAGCAAAUUAAAUAAGUGGAUGUUCCCAUACCUCAUAGGGAUUACCAUACCUUGUCUCACUAUGAUUGUGACCCACCAUUGGUUUGAGUUUUUUUUGAACCUUAAGAUUGCGACCUGGGAUGUUGUCCGGUUUAUAAUGGUACCAAGUGGAAAUGUUGGUGUAUUUGACCCAACAGAGAUUCAUAAUCGAGGCCAACUAAAAUCGCACAUGAAAGAGGCUAUGAUAAAACUUGGUUUUCAUCUACUCUGUUUCUUUAUUUAUCUCUACAGUAUGAUUCUGGCAUUGAUAAAUGAUUAAAAUACUCUGGAUUUACUGAACAUUUCAAAAGGUGAAGAUGCACUCCAGCAUUCUACAGAGUGCCAGUUGUUGCCAUGCGGGAAAGAGAAGAGGAUGACAGUGCCAUUUUUUAAGUAUAUUUUUUGAUGUAAAACAAGACUGGAUCUGUAUUUUUAAAAAAAUAAAAUACUUAAAAUUA